GUUGUUGUUGUUGUUGUUGUUGUCUUGAGCCUGUCACCGGCGUCCCACGUUCCGGCUUGGCCUCGCAACAUGUGUCUCCAGAUCGACUACCUCUUCACCUGCGGCCACCGAUGCUUCGCAAAGUUUGACAACUGCACCGACUUCGGACUGACGUGCUACGGCGCCGGCGGCAACCACGAGGACAAGCCGGUUCAGGAUGUCUGCAGGGACUGUAAGAUGCGCACCUAUGACCCCAACCCCACCGGUCGGUCAAAUGAUCCGUAUCGAAAGAAGCGGAGCACACCAGCUGGCAAAUGACCGCGGCGUCGAGCUUGUUAACGGCUUCGGGGCGCGUGGCUGUGGGAGAGCGAGUGUGGUCAAGUGCCUUGGUUGGGCUGUACAGCCCUUUUUUGUCAGCGGCUAGGUUUGUUUCCUCAUGAAAAUGAAAGCGAUAAGCAAGAAGACUGACAAGCACCGUUCUGUAGGAAAUAAUGACGAGAGAGGAGACGGUCGGACUCAGAUUGAUUCGUAAUCGCUAGUUGUUCAUGAGUCUGCUGUCAUUACAGCGAUUGGAUUGCUUUUGGGAAGUACUGGAGACUUUGUCACUGGGGCCAUAGCAAGCCCGAGUUGCUUUGUUGCACUUUCCUGCUAAUACACACAUGGAUGUACACUCCUAUAUAUACACUCCUUAUAUACUGAAUACAACUCUCAAAUACUAGUG